UUAGGAAUUUAGCGAAAAUAAACAAGAGAGUGAAAGAAAGGAAAAUCCUGGGCCUGAGUGCAUCACGUUAGAAAGGCGUGAUGGAGUAAAUGCAUUGACAAUGUUCGGAGCUUAACCGAAUGGGCUUUCUCUAUUCCUUCAUAGAUUAUUUAUUUUGAAUAUAACAACAACAAAACAUGUCUUUUAAGCAUUAUUAGACAGCUGAAUAAGUACAGAAAAAAAGAAAAAGAACAAGAAGUAAAAAAACAAAAUGGAUAUGUUUAACAAAUUGAAAACAGUUGUGAGCAAUGCUUUGCCUGGAAAUCCAUUAUCAAGGGAUUUUGAACUCUUAAGUCAGAUAGCCAGUGCUGGGCCCGGUUUGUUAUGGAAGGUGUACAAUGGUGUGAAGAGAACAACCAAACAGGAGGUGGCUAUAUUUGUAUUUGAAAAAAGGUUACUUGAACGAUACUCCAAGCGAGACCGUGACAUCAUCACUGAUGUCUUAAAGAGAGGUGUGUCUCAGUUGACACGGUUACGGCAUCCGAGAAUUCUUUCUGUUUUGCAUCCUUUGGAAGAGUCACGAGAAAGUUUAGCAUUUGCUACAGAACCGAUAUUUGCAAGUCUUGCCAAUGUUGUGAAGUAUUAUCAGAAUUUGCCGGCUCCCCUACCAAAGGAGCUGGAAGAACACAAGCUGUAUGAAGUGGAAAUAAAAUACGGUCUACUUCAGCUUGUUGAAGCAUUGGCCUUCUUGCACAACGAUGUCAAUAUGAUGCACCACAACAUCUGUCCUGAAUCAAUCAUUGUAAACAAAAACGGGGCCUGGAAACUCAGUGGGUUUGAAUUCUGCAUUUCCAGUAACAACAAAUCUAGUCAAAAUUUUGAUUUUCAAGAAUGGGAAAUUGAUUAUCCACCUAUUUCCCAACCUAAACUGGAUUAUUUGGCUCCAGAAUAUUCUUUAACGAUGACCUGCAGCCCGGCAAGCGAUAUGUUCUCUCUUGGAAUGCUUAUCUACACUGUAUGCAAUAAUGGUAAAUCUUUAUACGAAUGUAAUGAUGAGUUGAGGCAGUUUAAAACGAAUAUUGACGUAUUGCGACAUCUAACCCCUUCGCGGCUGGGAUGUUUAUCUGAGGAGGUCCGGGAGCAUGUGAAGCUGCUGUUGAACACAGAGCCAUCAGUGAGGCCGGAUGCAAACCAACUAACAAAGAUUCCAUUUUUUGAGGAUGUUGGAUCUAUGACUCUACAGUACUUAGACACAUUAUUUCAAAGAGAUAACUUACAGAAAUCUAAAUUCUUCAAAGGUUUGCCAAAAAUAAUUGCUAAGUUACCAAAGCGAGUUAAUCAGCAACGCAUCUUGCCGCCAUUGUUCAGUGAAUCGGUCAACCCUGACAUGAUACCAUUUGUACUUCCAAGCAUUCUUUAUAUCGCAGAGCAAUCAACAGAAAGGGAAUAUGUGACACUUAUCUUUCCUGAAAUUAUUCCAAUGUUUAAACUCCAGAAGCCUGUUCAAAUCCUCCUGAUAUUCCUGCAGAAUAUGACUUUACUUCUCAGUAAAACAAGUUCUUCAGACAUCAAGAAUCAUGUUUUACCCAUGGUUUACCAUGCUUUAGAAUCUAAUGAUCCCCAAAUUCAGGAACUUGUUCUCAAUAUCAUACCUACUUUUGCUAGUCUUAUUGAAUAUACGUCCCUGAAAAAUUGUAUUAUACCAAGGAUCAAGAAAAUGUGUUUAGCCACCUCAAGCCUUUCGGUACGAGUUGGAUGUCUUGUGUGUAUUGGUAAACUUCUGGAAUACAUGGAUAAAUGGUGUGUGUUGGAUGAAGUGAUACCGUUGCUGCCUCAAAUACCGUCUCGAGAACCUGGAGUGCUUAUGAGUAUUUUAGGAAUCCUGAAGGUAACAUUUUCCCAUCCAAAACUAGGAUUUACAAAAGAAAUUCUGGCUACAAAAAUCAUUCCAUUCUUAGUACCUUUGUGCAUUGAAAAUAAUUUAAAUCUGAACCAGUUUAGUGCCUAUAUUGCCAUUGUGAAGGAGAUGAUUAGCAAAGUGGAAAACGAACAGAAGGGAAAGCUGGAGCAGUUGAAUUCAAUGCAAGAGGAACAAAAGACAAUAGACAUCAGCAAGGUGAAUGUUCCUGAUGAGAAGAAUCUGCUGCCUGAAUUGAUUUCUCCUUCAUCAAGCAAUACACUGAGCGAAAGGAAUAACAGUAAGAUGGAUAAGUUCAUUUCUGGUUAUGGCCUUAACUCUUUGCUGACAGCAUCUGCUAAAAACCAAACAGUUAGCCCUUGUCUAGAAAGUCCUACUGAAAAAUUAAACAGUGAGACAACUCCUUCUAGAAUCUUUAAUCAGCCAGCAAAGGUGAGUCUAAGCAUGGAAGAGAAACAGAGGUUGGCACGUGAGCAGGAACAACAAAGCAUUUACAAGAAACAAAGUAUGCUUGUCCCUAAAGCAAACCCUGAUCAUGAAAAGAGUGCUAAUUGUGGUAGUCAAAGCUCAAGUUACCAUAAACCCAAAGACCUUACCUCAACACUACUCAACAACAACCUAAACCAACUGCAACAUUCUGGUCCAUUAAAUAACUCCUGGAGCAUGGCUCAGUCAAAUAUGGCUUGCUCUUCCUUUGGUGCUUCCUCCCUGUCAGGUGGUGGCAUGCCUAUGCAGAGAACUAACCCCAUUGUCCCUCUGAACCAGUCAAAGCCUGCUGCUAACAAGUCUGUGGACCUUUCAGCUUUUGACAAUCUUCUGUCACCAUCCUCAUCCCAAGUGAAACCCUCAUUAAACCAGAUGGCUCAGAAGACCUCAACAACAAGUGGCAUGAAAGCUGGCAACAUGGGCUUCAUGCCAACCAGUUCCAGCACAAGCAUUGCAAUGAUGGGGAAUGUUGGUACAAUGCUAAACCAACCACCAGCCAUGAUAGCACAUCCACAGGUUAUGAUGAAUCAAGGCAUGAGAGUCAGUGCACCCAUGGUGGCACCUGGCUUUCAAGGUAUGGCAUUAGGCAACACAAACAUGACUACUGUCAAUCACAACCAGUUCAGUAAUGCCAGUUCAGGACCGCAGCAGCUGCAAAAUGGUUUUCCAUCAUCAAACCCUGCUGGAAAUGAACUGGAUGACCUUUUUGGCUGAGUAACACUAUAUUUCCUAAGUGAAUUUUAGGGGACCAGAUGUUCAGGCCAACCACUGAUUUUAAGGCACAAAGGCAAUUGCCCCCUGCUCCACCUCCCUGGAUGAUUGCUAAUUGUCAAGUGUAUGACCUCUGGAACUGGUUUUAAGUUGGUUGUGCAUAUAAAUGAUAAUUUCAUAAGUAUCUCAAAAUACCACUGUCUUCAAUUUACAAAAAACAACUUAAAUUUCUUAAUUUGUUAAGUUAUUAAUUUUCUCAUUAGAGAUAAGUACUUAUGCCCCUUUCAUGCAAACCCAAGUCACUCUUUUGACCAAUUGUUUUAUAAUCAAGAAUAUGAUGGCUUUGUUACUGAUCCACUGACUCCAAGCAGAAUGGAUCGGCUUUUAAACAAUUGCCAAUACAACAGCAAAACCUCCAUUCUUAAAAGUUUAAAUUUUAAGUCAGUUCCCCAUUUACUGUUUGAGCUUCCACUGAACAGGUCUUUAAUUGCCCCCCUCCCCCUCAGGACCUCUAUUUUAAUAUGCAUUUUAUGGUUCAGUAUACAAUAGUAUUCUUUGUUCAAACAUUUCUUCCUUACAUUCCAUCCUGAAUCCAUCAUCUACACAAGUACCUUGUUUUGCUUUUGUACACACUGGAAGUUAUAAAUUGAUCCCAAAAGGAUUCUUAAAUUUAGGCUUUCAUUUCUAAUAUUUGAAAAUUUUUAAUUUUGGUUUAGACUUAGUUAAAAAGAAAAAAAACUAAAUGCUGGGAGGGAGAGUUGGAAUGCUUUCAAGUGUAUUAGGCCUCAAACAGAUAUAAAAGAACCAUCAUCUAAAGGAUUUUUGUCACUUUCUGUAAAUGUCUAAGAAAAGAAACAUUCAAAAUAUUAGAAGGCUUUAAUGUGUACUAAAUUAGUUUUACUAAUGAAGCCAACUAAAUCAAACAGUUUACCGUUAAUCUUAAAACAAAAAACAAAACCCAUCAGAUUUAAUCACCUUGUCAUUUAUCCCUUAUCUUCUGCUUAGGUUUCCCCUCAGUUCCAAUUUGUGAUAUUUUUUUCUAUAAAGGAUGCAAUACAGAGAAUUUCUAAUUCGUUUCCAGUACCUUGUGCAAAUUGUCAUUUUGAAGACACCAUCUUAUCACUACAAUCUUCAGUCGAAAUAUUUUCAUUGUACUGAUUUACUCAGUUCAGCGUCCCUUUCCUUUAAAAUGAAUUGUCACUCUUGUGAACUGCAGCAGCCCCUACCAAUAAGUUAUUCCAAACUAAUUUAUUCCCUUUGUCAACUGGAUAAAGAAGACUGCAUAUAAUUCCAUGCUUGUAAAUAGAUUGCUCAAUAAAACUAACAAAAGUCUGACAUAGCCAAUACAAUUAUUAAAGUAAAACAUUGAUGCUUUUGAGGUAUAAAGCAGCUACAACAUUACAAGUUUCCUCUAAACCCUCAAUGUUUGAAACUUUGGUGUAUGAUAAGAAAGCUAUGAUGAAAUCAUUGAAAGUUUAUAAGUUAAUAAGGAUAGUUUCAAAAUAGCAGUCUUGGGUUAUUCCAGUAAACUAAAUUAUUUUCCACAUUGUCAACUGAGGUUAUAUUUCAGACAAGUAAUAUAACCUUAAGACAAAAAGGACAUCACAAAAUUUGUAUUUUGUCUAAUGUUGGUUAUAUUUUAAAUGUGAAUUUAUUAAUAUUUAGCUUGGAAACUAACAGGUGCAAUUCCAGGAAUGUGCAGUUUAUAGAAAUUUACAAGAGCUUUGCUCUUGUUCCAUUAAAAAUUUAAUCGAAAUUGUAAAACCAGUCUUUCAGUUGAGUGCCCUGAAUGUUCCUCGCCUGUUUGUAAAUAUUAAUUCUUUAACUUUGAUUGCAAUGGCAUCAAUAAAUAUUUGUGCUGCAGAAA